AUGUCCGCCAAGCGCACAGACCAAACGCCCAAGCGGGUAUCGUUUUCCCUGCCGGGCCAGAGCCCAGCUCCGCUACCUUCCACACCAACUCAACGUGUGCCUUCAUACACUGGGUUGCAAACUCCGGAAUCGUCAAGUGCGACCCCAAACGCGCGCUUCCAGACUCCAAACACCGUCUCGCCAACUCCAAACCGUCGCUUGCAAACCCCGAACACAUCCUCUCCAACUCCAACCACUCACCUUCAAACUCCAAACACCGUCACACCAACUACAAACCGUCGCUUGCAAACCCCGAGCAGCUCCUGGUCGACUCCGAAAACUGCUUCGCUCAAUCCGCCUCGCCGGCCUAGCUCUAAACAUCUUGUCUCCACCCUCCUACCCAACUGGAAUUUCAAUGAGCAAGACACAGCGUUAAUCCGUGCCGGAUACGAACCUCAGUGGACUCCCAAGCCACUUGACACAUCUACCUCAAGCGAAAAGGGCAAGAAAGAUUCCGCAACCAAGUCCGCCAUGGCUGAACCACGUGCACGUAUGGCCCGCCACAAGGGCCAAAUGAACUUCCAGAAUGAGCUCCGCCUGCUGCUUCUCGCCUACGGCGACCCCAGCCCACACCCAAGUUUCCCAAACGAACCACUCCCCGAGACAGUCCGUGUUCUGGACGAAAUUGUCACCGACUUCGUGCUAGAAGUUAGCCACGGCGCCGCGCAAGUCGCACACCACGCCCGCCGUCAGAAGAUCAAAGUUGAGGACUUCCGCUUCGCACUGCGUCGCGACCCGAACAAGCUCGGUCGUGUCCAGGAGCUGCUGCGCAUGGAACGUGAAUUGAAGGAAGCCCGCAAGGCAUUUGACCAGAAUGAUGAUCAGGUUGCCAAGGAAGCUGGAAAGAAGGGCGCUGCCGCUGCCGCGGCCGCUGCUGCUGCUGGUGAGGAUCCUGUGGCUGCUGAAGCUGCUGCUUCUGCUACUGUUAAGAAGAGCAAGGGCAAGGGAAAGCGAGGUGCCCGCCGUGGAUCCGAUGCUACUGAGGAGUCGGUUUCGAAAAAGCGCAAGACCAAUGGCUGA